GGUUUUAGCUACUCCGUAAUACUUACUAAACUUGAAUGCAGAUGAUUUACCCAUGCGAUAAUAUGAGUAUGAGAAUAUAACAGUGAAACUAGAAAUAGUUCUCUAAACAAAAUUACUACCAGUUUCUACCUUGCCUUACACCACAUCCUAAAUACCACACUUCCUCCUCAAGAAAUUCAAUUAUCACGAAUAACGAAACCCACCCGACAAGCCCCUCAUAUACCGAUAAUUCAAAAUGGGAAAGUCAAUCCUCCUCAUUAACGGCCCCAACCUUAACCUCCUGGGUACUCGUGAGCCUCAUAUCUACGGCUCAACUACUCUCGCAGACGUCGAAGCCUCAAGCAAAGCCCACGCUGCUUCAUUAGGAGCUACUUUGGAAACCUUCCAGUCCAAUCACGAAGGCGCAAUCGUUGAUCGUAUUCAAGCUGCACGGAAUAACGUUGACGGAAUCGUUAUCAACCCUGGUGCAUACACGCAUACUUCGGUGGCUAUCCGGGACGCCUUGGUGGGAGUGGAUAUUCCUUUCAUCGAGCUACAUGUGAGUAACGUCCAUGCAAGGGAGCCAUGGAGGCAUCAUAGCUAUCUCAGCGAUAAAGCAGCCGGGAUAAUUGUUGGGUUGGGAGUAUAUGGCUAUCAAGUUGCGGUGGAACAUGUGGCUGUGAAUUUCAAGUCGAGGGAGGAGAAGGCUGCACUUUGAGUGUCAGUUACAG